UACUUCCGAUCAAGAAAACUCUAUGUUGACAUAUAGUCAAACUACAUCAAAUGUGACUGUGAACGAGUCAAUGAACGACUUUAGAUAUAUAUAUCCAUUCUCUGUCGAACAUAGUCCGUUUCAAGGCGUCCAUAGCAGUAGUCUGACUGAGGUUGCUGGAAAUAACGCUUUGAUGAUUGCAAAGUUCAACGAGCUAAAGACCGGGUGGUUCGCGAGAUCAUGCUGAACUUUUCUGGGAAGCCAUGGGCAAACAUUGAGACACUGAGUGAGGCGUUCAAACAAGUUUGGAAAAAUAAGAGGGACGACAAUCACCGACAAAUCACUGGCAAGAAAGAACAACAUAGGCUAAAUAACAGAAGAAACAAGAGAAGAACAAGUAAGCUUAAGGACAGAGUCAAGGCUCUAGAGAAGAGUAAGAGACCUGACGAUUGGAGGCGCAGGGCAAAGGGGAUCCUGACAAGGGAGUGUACGUCUCCAGACGUAUCUGAUGAGGAUGAUGAGACAGUCAAACUUGUGCUGCCUCUGGUCUGGGAAUCCCCCAUGAUGACAGAUAUUAAGGAACAGCUGGACAUCAUCAGGGGAAAAGACAUGCGUCAGGACCACCCAUCCAAGAUGCUCAGAGACAGUCCAUCUGGUCGGGUGCCGGAAUGGGCCAUUCGAGUAAGGUACAAGGAACAAAGAGGCAACAACCUGAUAUCAAGGAGGAAAAUCCCAUCAACCCCUGAGUCAUCACCUCCAUUCACUCCAUCCACAUCCUCUCGAGCCACAGCAUCCUCUGCCCCAUUCUUCUCCACUCCUUCUGACACAUCUUGCCAACCAGAUGCUCCGUCAACCCCUUCCUCAACAUCUUCAUCUUCAACACCCCCAUCAACACCCCUAUCAACACCAACAUCAAGACUAUUCUGCGACUUUUCCCCAGUUCACAAGUCGAAGAGGAGGAGAUCCUUUUAGUUCCGUGUGACUUUCUGUUUGACUAUCAUCCAUAUACAGUAUCCAUCAAUAUCAAUAUUUUUUCAUUGGCUUUAUCUUGUCAAGCCCUCAUUAAUGAUACAUGUUGUUACAUUAAUUAUUUGUAUAUACAUGUACAUUAUCUUUAAGCGUCAGGAAUUGAAAUGUUUUCAAUAUAAAUAAAUUGUUAAUGUUGCAAUAAUGUUGUGGUUG